UAGAAGAAGUUGUAUUUUCUAUAUUUCGGUGAAUUUUUAAUUAAAGUAAAAAAAAAUGGAUGAUCCCCAAUUGUAUUAUGAUGCCCAUGAGUUGCAAAAGAAGGAUGCCAUUGUAUUCUAUAAACAAUUUUCCUCAAAGAUCCGUUGGCGUAAUGAUGGCUCUGAUGCGCUCAUCGAUAUUGGUUCGGGACCGGGUGAUGUUGUCUACGAUUGCAUUUAUCCCAUAAUGCCAGACACAUAUCAACGUCUUGUUUUCUCCGACAUUAAGAACAGUAUGAUGGAGUAUGCCCGAGAGCAUUAUCACCAUUUGCCAAAUAGCGAUUUUAAAGUUUUAAAUAUUGAAUCGCAUGAAGAGCUGUUGAAUGAUUUGAAGGGCCAAUUCGAUCAUGUCACAUCGAAUUAUUGCCUACAGCUGGUGGUGGAUCAGAGACAAGCUUUCACCAAUAUCUACAACUUGUUGCGGCCUGAAGGUGGUGAUAUUUUGAUCAACACUGCCCCGUAUGUAUCACUGUUUGAUGGCUUUACCGGUCUUAGUCACAACGAUAAAUGGGCUCCCUAUAUGGAGGAUUUGCAAUAUUUUACAUCACCCCUGCAGCAUGUGGAGGAUCCCAAGCAGUAUAUGUUGGAUUUAUUGGAGGCAAUUGGUUUUUGUGAUUACCAAGUGGAGACAAGGGACCGGGUGCACACCUACUCCGUAGAGGCGUAUAAAGCCAGUGUAAAAGCCAUCGCCCCCUAUAUACCACGCAUUCCCAUUCACCUGCAGGAUGAUUUUAUGAAUGAUUUCAUUGAUACCAUCAUCAACUUGGAUUGGGACUAUCCUUUGUUUAACAAGGAGGAUAAUACACUGCGCUUGCCAUAUAAACAAAUGAUAAUUUACGCUAGGAAACCAUGUUUCCUAUUCAAAACGGUUGUGUUGAAAAUGGAUAAUCCAAAACUUUAUCAGGAAACAAACGAAUUGCAACGGGCAAAUGCAGCUUCAAUCGCAAAGGAAUUUUCUCCCAAAUUUAAUUGGCGUUCAGAAAAAUUGGAUACAAUAAUCGAUAUUGGUUCAGCCAUUGGUGAUGUAUUUUUGGAAGUGGUUUGUCCUUUAUUUGGCAGACAAUUUAAAAGAAUCGUUUGUUCAGAUCUAAAUUCGAAUAUGGUGGAAUAUGGUCGAAAACAUUAUGGCAAGAAAAUCAAAAAUUGUGAAUUUCGUGUUCUAAAUAUUGCCGGGGAAUUACCAGGUGAUAUGAAGGGACAAUUCGAUCAUUUGUUGUCGUUCUUUUGUCUGCAAUUGAUACCAAAUCAAAGAAAAGCUUUUCAAAACAUCUACUCUCUUCUACGACCUAGUGGGGGUAAUUGCCUUUUGACUGCAUUUGCUCGCUCCCCCUACUACGAUGCCUAUCUGCAUUUGAGUAAAACCGAACGGUGGUCCUCCUAUAUGGUCGACGUUGAAAAGUACACCUGUUCCUGGCAUUAUGCCUACGAUCCAGUUGGAGAAGUGGAGGAAAUUUUAGGCGAUUGUGGUUUCCACGACGUCCACGUACAGUUGAGACCAACAAUCUAUACCUAUGGCAGCAUAGAGGAUUUUAAAAAAAACAUGAAAGCUGUCUCACACUAUACACAUCGUAUUCCAGCUGAGUUACAGGAUGAAUUUAUGAAUGAUUUUGCCGAGGCCAUGAUUAAAGCUAAACCGCAUUUUAAGUUUUUCAAUUGUGUACGUCAGGGGGCGUUUAAUUUUCCCUUUGAACAGUUGAUAAUUUUUGCCAGACGAUGAAAAGCGAAUUUAAAUUUGAGAUACAAUUGUAAAUAAAAAUAAAACAUAACAAUUGUAUUUUUUGAAAUUUUUUUGUAUCUGAAAUUAAUAAAAUAAUUAAAUUGUAUUUAUAAAUUUAUUAUACACAUAUUUAUAUCAACUUAUUGUAUAAUAAAAUUCUAUAUCCCACGUGUCCACUA